UUUUUUUUUUUUUUUUUUUUUUUUUUUUUUUACGUAUGCUGGGGGGAUCUACUUUCUGUUUGCCCGGAUUUAAAAUUACCCGUCCUGCUUUCAGGAGACGCAAAGGAGGGGGUUCGGAAGAUUCGUGCUGUGGACCGGGAACACAGUACUAACCGAGACUAACUUAUUCCCCCCGCCCCGCCGUUUCCGUCCCGGGGCACCGGGCUCCCUGCCGUGAGGGUUUACGCGACAUGAGUAUUGAUACACUUCUGGAGGCGGCCAGGUACCUGGAAUGGCAAGCCCAGCAGCAACAACAAACCAAACGUGACGAUGAUCAGCGCACGGAGAAGGAGCUCAUCAGCAGGGAGGCGGAGUCCAGGCGUGUGGAGGUUGUGACGUCACCCCAGCCUGUCAGAGCCAACCACACCGCCUGGGGUGAAGAUGUUCCCCGUCAGCAGCCUCACCACCCUCCUGCCCACCCGCAGCCUUCUCUCCCACCUCCUCAAGUCCCCAUCGCCGUCAUCCCCGUGGUGCCGGUGGUCAACGCCACGCCCUCCGUCCCCCCGCUUCCACUCUCGACGCCGAUCGCGGCGGCGGCGGCGACGUCGUUCAGCAGUCCCYCGCCUCUCAAGAAAGAGGCCGUGUCCUCGCCUCCGCAGCAGCAGAGAGCGGCCCCCCACCUGAUGUCCUCCCCGCAGAUCAAAGUGGAGCCCGCUCAUCAGCUGGUCGACGCCAAGUCCAGCCUGUCGCAGCCCCAGGUCCAGAUUCAGUACCCAGCAUCCAUCAGCACCAACAGCUCUGGCUCUCAUCACACGCUGCUUCCCCAUCAGAGUCCACCCACGUGUCAGCCACAACCUAACGGAGUGUUGAUGGAGGACAUGAGGGGGAUGGAGGGGAAGAGGAGACCAGGAGGUGCGGGGACCAGAGAGGUGCACAAUAAACUGGAAAAGAACAGGAGAGCGCACCUCAAAGAAUGCUUUGAAACACUGAAGAAGAACAUUCCAAACGUUGAUGAGAAGAAAACCUCCAACCUCAGCGUUCUGCGCAGUGCGCUGCGUUACAUCCAGACCCUGAAGCGUAAGGAGAAGGAGUACGAGCACGAGAUGGAGCGUUUGGCCCGGGAGAAGAUCGCCACGCAGCAGAGGCUCGCUGAGCUGAAGAACGAGCUCAGCCAGUGCAUGGACGUCGUGGAGAUUGAUAGAGUCCUCCGACAGACCAUCCAGCCUGAAGACGACCAGGUCUCCACGUCCACCGCUUCAGAAGGAGAAGAGAACUAUGAGCAGGACGUAGACGAUGAAGCUGCUGCUCCUYCUGCUUCCACACCCCUCCUCAAACCAGCACCCACCAUCCUACAAGCUCCGCCCCUCCUCACUUCACACUUAUCGAUCCAGCACGCUGCGCUGCCUCUUUCUGGAGUCCUCACCACCCCGGCCCCCUCUGCUCCUCCMCUUCCUCAAGCCAUCGCCCCCGCCCCUCCACCGGGCCCGCCCCCUCCUGCGCCGCACCCGCCGCCAGCCGUGCAGGUCCAGCCUACCGUCAUAGCCCACGCCACCGUGUCCCACCCGUCAGUCAUCCAGGCUGUCAGUCACUCUCUAGCAGCCAGUCACAAACACCUGACACACAUCGCCCCCUCGCCCGGCCCCGCCCCUUCCAGCCCCGCGCCCCACCAACAACUCACCGCACAGCCCAUCGGACACAUCACCGUCCACCCGGUGGCCCACCUAACCUCCCACCUCCCGACUCUUUACCCCCAGGGCGUGCCCGUCUCCCAGCCCACCAUGGUGGGCCACAUCACCCACACCUUCACCCACCACCCGCUGCCCCACAUCCAGGCCGGCCCUCAACCCAACGCCGGCAGCGCCCAGGUGAGCAGCGCGGCCGUGGUGAGCCAGGGCAAACCCACGGCGGUGCUGGCCCCGCACCCUCAGCUGGUGGGACAGGCCACCGUCCUCAACCCCGUCACCAUGGUGACGGUGCCCACCUUCCCCGUCAGCACGCUGAAACUGGCCUGAAACAAAACAAUCAGAUCGACAUGAAGAAAGACACGACRUCUGGGUUUCAGUUCCCAGAGAAUCUGAGAGAAAAAAAAGACAAGAAGCUCGUUUGAAACACUUCUUAUUUGAGUCACGGCUCUGCUGACUUGUGAACGAGUGAAUGCAGACUCGGUGGUUCAGGCCACUGUUUGUGAAAAUGAGACUGUGAUUUUUGGCUUUGCUGCAAAGACAGGAACUCUCUGCUUGACCCCCCCACCCCUCCCCUCUCUCUGCAACCAGAAGCACUAACAGAAUAAUCUCAGUUCACACUCAGGCAUGAAGGAGUUCCUUCAGUCACUCAUUCAGUCAGUUGGCAGAAGACAUGAGGUCCAUUCGUCUCACAGGAGGAGUCACUGAUGUUUAAGAGGAGCGUAUGAAACAAGUUGUUCCUCUAAAGCUAAACUUCCUUGUUUUGCAUCGUGUCAGGGUGUUUCCUCAAACAUUCUGGCUUCAUUUUAGUUCCAGCGUUCUCUUGGUGACCUUAUUUAUGCAUAAAAAGAGUUAAUAUUUCCUCCCAAACAGAACAACCCACUAAAGACAUGAAGGUAUUGGUUGGUUUCCACUCUGUGCUAAGACCUGAAAUGUUUGCAUCACUGUGAUGAAUGAAAGCUACACGUGUACCCAGUCUUUGAUCUGAGAGGGUUUUUAACAAACUGCACCUGUUUUUGAGGCGUAGAGUCAAACUGCUGAGUCAUUCUGAAGGUAACGCUGGUUGAGCUGUCGUGUCGCCACGUCACGCCAAACAACAAUCCAAAAAUUAAAACAUAAUUUUCCAAAUCUGCUCUCUAAACUUUCAGACGGGUUUCCUCUUUUUUUAUUGCAUCAUUUUGCUGGAAGUGAAGGACUGAUUUCAGUUUCUAUUAAAGUUUACAUCAGUUGAACAUGUGAGAGCGGACCCUGAGUUUACAAUUUAUUAUUUUUAAAAAUGUUGCCAAACGACGUCAGACUCACUUUGUUCCAAAAAGUUUGAGUACGUAACAGAAAAAAAACAAACGAUCAGGUUGAAAGUCCGUUAGCAUUUGUCGCACUUUAUUUGAUGAAUAAUUUGCAUUCAGUGUCCAAAUUGGGAAUGUGUGACGCCCUCAUCUUUGUGCGCAUAUUCUGCCUCCUCCUCCUCCUCGUGUCCUCGCCUCCUCUGCUGUGUCGAUAUUUUCUGUAUUUGUGAUUAUAUGUUUGAUAUAUUCUGUAUUAUAAUUAAUCCUACCGUACCUGUA